AUGUACCCACGACGGGAGGGCAGCGACGGGCUGCUCCUGCUGGCGCUCCUGGCAGUACUGCAGAUCGCAGCAGAAUGCGGUGUCAUCACACCAUGCAGGCCUGGCUUCUCUGAAGAUGUAUACAAGGUCAGCUUGCCAGAUAUCACGGAGCUAGGACAGCCCCUUUUUACUGUGAAAUUUGUCGACUGUGGCCGAGGGGGUCUGGUGCAUUUCGAAUGCAGCAACCCGGAGGACUUCCGGAUAGACGCCGACGGGGUGGUCUACGCUGCCAAGAAUCUGCAGCUCUCUGGAGCCCAAAUGUCAGCGCUGCUGAUCAAGGCCAUUGACGACACUAAGCAGCAAUGGAUAAGCCUUGUCAGAUUCACACCCUCCAACCAGCAGGUCAUAGAAGCCGCUUCUGAUCCAGCCAUGUCCAAGGAUUUGAAGGAAAUAGCAUUUCCUCCACGGAAGUUAGACAGCCAGCUAAAACGCAUGAAGAGAGACUGGGUCAUCCCCCCUAUCAAUGUCCCAGAGAAUUCACGAGGUCCAUUCCCACAAGAGCUUGUCCGGAUCCGUUCGGACCAUGAUAAGAACCGAUCUUUGAGAUACAGCGUGACGGGCCCUGGCGCUGACCAACCUCCUACUGGCAUCUUCCUAAUCGAUGCGAUCUCUGGAGAGCUCUCGGUUAACAAGCCGCUGGAUCGAGAGCAUAUUCCCAACUUUCAUUUGAGAGCUCAUGCAGUCGACCUGAAUGGUAACCAAGUAGAAAACCCUAUUGACAUUGUGAUCAAUGUGAUCGACAUGAACGACAACAGGCCUGAAUUCAACCACCCAAUUUGGAAUGGCACCGUCCCCGAGGGCUCCAAGCCAGGCACAUUUGUCAUGACUGUAACUGCAGUCGACAAAGAUGAUCCCAAAACCGCUAAUGGGAUGAUACGUUACAAGAUCUUGUCUCAGAACCCCGACAGUCCAACCUCCAACAUGUUCACCAUCAAUAAUAGAACUGGAGGCAUCAUUACUGUGGCAGCAGGCUUGGACAGAGAGAAAGUGCCUCAGUACACACUAAUCAUCCAGGCCACUGACACCGAGGGCAACCCAAUGUAUGGCCUCUCCAACACAGCCACCGCUGUCAUCAGAGUCACCGAUGUCAAUGACAACCCACCAGAGUUCACUGCUGAGACGUUUUUCGGAGAGGUGCACGAAAACCGUGUGAACGUGAUUGUGGCCAAUCUGACGGUGACUGACAAGGACCAACCCAACACUCAGGCCUGGAACGCCGUUUACAAAAUCACAGGGGGCGACCCCACCGGAAGGUUCUCCGUGCCUACUGAUCCCACCAAUAAUGAGGGUCUCGUGACGGUUGUUAAGCCUAUUGACUAUGAAAUGAGCAAGGCGUACGUGCUGACAGUGGAGGCAAGGAAUGAGGUGCCCCUAGCCAGAGGCAUCCACUCUCCCCGUCAGUCCACUGCUACCGUCUCCAUACGAGUUCUCGAUGUCAAUGAGAGCCCCUACUUUGAUCCCAACCCUAAACUCAUUAAACUGGAAGAAGGAAAGAUGCCGGAGUCCAUGCUGACAACCUACACGGCACAGGACCCUGAUCGCUACAUGCAGCAAAGUAUACGCUACACUAAACUGUUUGAUCCGGCCAGUUGGCUGAGAAUUGAUCCCAACAACGGUAGAAUUACAACAACUGCCAUUUUGGAUAGAGAGUCACCUUUUGUGAAGAACAACUUGUACAAUGCCACGUUCUUGGCCACUGACGACGGCAACCCUUCAGCAAGUGGCACAGGCACUUUGCAGAUCUAUCUGCUGGACAUUAACGACAAUGCCCCACGAGUUUUCCCCCAGGAAGUGGAAAUAUGUGAGAAACCCGAACCCAACGCCAUCAACAUUACGGCGAUCGACGGAGACUUGAUGCCUAAUGCUGGGCCCUUUGCAUUUGAGUUGGCUGACAUGCCCUUCGAUGUUAAGAGGAACUGGACCAUCACCAGAAUCAGUGGCGACUACGCGCAGUUGCGCCUGAAGAUUGGUUUCCUCGAGAGUGGCAUUUACGAAUUGCCCAUCAUCAUCACAGACUCUGGAAAUUUGCCUCAGUUUAACACCUCCCACCUGAGGGUCAAAGUUUGCCAAUGUGACAUUAAUGGCGACUGCACUGACCAGCAGCACAUCAUGGCCGCCGGCCUGGGCACGGGCGCCAUCAUCUCCAUCCUGCUGUGCAUCAUCAUCCUCCUAAUUCUGGUGCUGCUCUUUGUGGUUUGGAUGAAACGUCGUGAUAAAGAACGCCAAGCUAAACAGCUCCUCAUCGAUCCCGAGGAUGACGUGCGAGACAACAUUCUCAAGUAUGAUGAAGAAGGCGGCGGCGAAGAGGAUCAGGAUUACGACCUGAGUCAGCUCCAGCAGCCGGACACCUUAGAACCCGACGCCAUCAAGCCUGUGGGGAUCCGACGUCUCGAUGAGAGACCCCUCCACCCUGAGCCGCAGUACCCCAUGAGGUCUGCCGCCCCCCACCCUGGAGACAUCGGAGACUUCAUCAACGAGGGCCUGAAGGCGGCCGACAACGACCCCACCGCGCCCCCUUACGAUUCUCUGCUAGUGUUCGACUACGAGGGCAGUGGCUCCACCGCCGGCUCCCUGAGCUCGCUCAACUCAUCCAGCAGCGGCGGUGACCAGGACUACGAUUACCUCAACGACUGGGGGCCUCGCUUCAGAAAACUGGCAGACAUGUACGGCGGUAGCGACGAUUAG